AUGGCCCAGCUGGAGCGAGAUGCAGCCAUCGUGAAGAGGGUCUUUCGUCGCCACGACAAGCUCGGAGAUGGCACCGUAGACCGGGAGAUGCUCUGGAAGGUAUUGCAGACCUUGCCAUCUCGGAUCAGCCUCCCGACAUUCCUGAAUCUGCUUCAACAGAUUGGAUAUGAUGGUGGCCGCGUGAAUUAUGUGCGAUUCCUGGACCGCCUUUUCUCCUCCGAGAACAUGCUGGUAGAGGAUUCGGCCAGCGACACUGAAGACAUGACUCAGCCGUGUGCUGGUUGGCGCCGGCUGCUGCUAUCACUGGCGAAGUUCCAUACAACAUGCGACGAAGCAGUGGCGGGCAGGACGCAUUAUGCCCCAGCAGCGUAUGGGAAUGAGACAGACUGCAUUGUGUGUUACAGUGCACCGCCAUCAGUGCUCAUCCUACCUUGCCGGCAUUUACAAGUUUGCCGCUGCUGCGCGCCACUCCUGUCCAGAUGUCCCAGCUGUCGAGCUGACAUCCAAGCAUUGGCACGGCCCAGCUGGGACAUUCAAGGGAACGCUUAG